GCAGUUAUUCCGAGCAUUCAAUCACAUGGUCUCAGAGACACUUAAUAAAUGCUGACCAGCAACACAACCAAACACAGCUCCACCUCAAAAUAAAACAGCUAUCCAGGAUCUCAACACAGCAAGAGAGCAUCUUGUCCAGCCAAGAAGACAGGAACUCUGCUACCCAGCAAAAAUGACUGACAAAAGCCCUUUCGAAACAGAUAUGCUGACACUCACACGAUUUGUUAUGGAGAAGGGACGCCGCGUAAAAGGAGCGACGGGGGAGCUGACGCAGCUGCUCAACUCCAUGCUGACUGCCAUAAAGGCCAUUUCCGCUGCUGUCAGAAAGGCAGGCCUUGCCCACAUGUUUGGUAUAGCUGGCACUGUGAAUGUGACAGGUGAUGAGGUGAAGAAGCUGGAUGUAUUAUCCAACUCCCUGGUGAUUAACAUGCUCCAGUCCUCCUACAGCACCUGCGUCCUGGUCACAGAGGAGAACAAGGAGGCUAUCAUCACCCCGAAAGACAAGCGGGGUAAAUAUGUGGUGUGCUUUGACCCCCUUGACGGUUCAUCCAAUAUAGACUGCUUGGCACCGAUAGGAACCAUAUUUGCUAUCUACAGAAAGGAAACAGAUGAUGAGCCCUGUGAAAAAGAUGCUUUACAGCCCGGGCGCAAUAUUGUUGCUGCAGGCUAUGCCCUGUACGGUAGUGCUACGCUGGUUGCCCUAUCCACAGGGCAGGGAGUGGACUGCUUCAUGCUCGAUCCGGGUCUUGGUGAAUUUAUUUUGGUGGACAGAGAUGUUAAAAUCAAGAAGAAGGGGAAGGUAUACAGUCUCAAUGAAGGUUAUGCAAAGUAUUUUGAUCCUGCAAUGACAGAAUAUUUACAAAAGAAAAAAUUCCCUGAGGAUGGCAGUUCCCCAUAUGGUGCCAGGUAUGUGGGCUCCAUGGUGGCUGAUGUUCACCGUACAUUGAUGUAUGGUGGGAUCUUCAUGUAUCCUGCUAAUCAGAAGAGUCCUAAAGGAAAGCUCCGACUUCUCUAUGAAUGCAACCCUAUGGCUUUCAUCAUUGAGCAGGCAGGUGGGAUGGCAACUACAGGGACCCAAGCAGUAUUGGAUGUGAAACCUGAGAAUAUUCACCAGAGAGUUCCUCUUAUACUUGGCUCUCCAGACGAUGUGCAAGAAUACCUUGCUUGUGUACAGAAACACCAGAAGAGCAGCUAAAGUCUUUCCACAUCAAAUCUUCUGUGUCCAUUUUCCUUCUCCAAGAAAAGCUUUACCGUUCAAAAUGGUGGAUUCUAGCAUUUACCACCAAUCUCUCCGUGAAAGUUCCAGUUUACAAGAACCGGAAAAAUAGUGAGAUUUUGUUUCUCCUCGGAGGCGAGUGUAAAAAUCCCUUAAUUCUGAUUUGUGCAGGGCAAGUGCAGAGACAGAGUCAUGACAAACAGAAGCUACUUACUUUAAAUAAUAUUAACAUAAGGAAGUGAAUUGUGUCAGUAUCUCCAUUUGAUCUGAAGCUUUACAUUUGACAUUACACGGAUGGCAUUGUUUGUGACAGGAUUUUCACAUCAAUAUUUGCAAUGCCAUUAUCUGGAUUUUCUGUCAGAAGCUUUCUUGCAGAUGCUUUUUAUCUUGACAGCCCUAAGAAGAGCAGAAGUCUCAUGCUGUCUGAAACAGUAUUUUUAGGCUGAGAGUUAUAUAUGUUUUGGGUAAUUAAUAGAGAUGAAGAGGCUGCAGCAUUGCCAGGAUAUUUCAUUUCUCAUUUCGUUUCUUAUGAGAAUAGGAAAUAUCAUCUGUUAUUUACACACACCUUUCAAAGCUCAAAUUACAAUAAAC